CUAAAAUAUAAAAUACGAGCCACUUGUUAAAUUGAGUUGUCUUAAAAUUAACUAUUUUCUUUAGAACCUAAAUCGAGUAAUACAUUAAUAUAUAAGUCACUAUGUAAGAAAUACUUGUGCCAUCUUUUAAACAUAUUCAUCCAACCGAUCAUGACCGGAUUUUAUUAUUUUGUGAUUGUCGGACACGGUGACAAUCCGAUAUUCGAAAUGGAGUUCAUGUCUAGUAAAGAUAUAAAGAGUCACAUUGAAUGGAAUAAAAAGAAAGAAGACCACAGUCAUCUAAAUCAGUUUAUUGCACACGCCGCUCUGGACUUAGUCGAUGAACUAAUGUGGAAGUCGAAUUCAAUGUAUCUGAAAAGCGUCGAUCGUUUCAAUCACUGGACGGUGUCGGCUUUCGUCACAGCCAGUCGUAUGCGAUUCAUAAUGGUGCACGAUGCGAAAAACGACGAAGGCAUCAAAAACUUUUUCACCGAAGUCUACGAAAUGUUCAUUAAGUACGUGAUGAAUCCGUUCUACAAGUUGAACAUGCCGAUCAAAUGUGGUUCGUUUGAAAAAAAAGUUCAAUUCUACGGUCGCAAAUAUUUAGUUAGCUAAUAUAAUAUGUAUUUUAUUACUGAUCAAAUAGAUCAAAUCCGAUAAACAAUAAAACCAAAUGUGUACAACAAUUUUGAGAAUUGGCACCUGCUAAAAUAUAAUAAGUUUUCCAGUACAUUUUUACACACAAUAUUUUAUUUCUUUUUACAUUAUUAUUUUGUGUCUAAUCGUAUUGUAAAUAAUUUUUAAACAAUAAGGCUAAAAGAGUUUUGUCGAGUACUAUAUUCAAUAUAUGUUUAUAUAACAUCUAAAAUAAAUAACUAAUCGAACUUUUAUUUUUAAAUAGUGUAUUAAUUAAUUAAUUUUUUUUUUUUAUAUUAAAAUCAGGUCGUUGCAUAGUACGGUGACGUUUUCUUUAAUGGUUCCACUUCAACAAGUAUUCGUUUGACUCGUACGGGUCCUGAAACAAAAAUGUACAUUUUUUACUUGUGUUGACUUGUCGGAAGUAAACGGCGCAACGAUUACUUUGUAAAUCUGUUAUAUUUACGGAGCUUUUAUUAUUGUUAUUUUUCAUUGUGUUUGUCAAUAGAGUUCAACUACUAGAUAAGUACUAGUGUACUACUCGUACACUGUUUAAUCUUAUACCUAUUGAAAUAUAUUGUGACCAAUCGGACAACAAGUUCCAGUCAAAAUGUGCAUCUUAGGGUUAAUAAAAAAACAAAAAAUGUUCAAUGUGUUUCUAUACGGUUUUGUACUAUGUUUCUGACUUUUGACGACAGCUUGUUUUGGAUAUUAUUUCAGAACAAUUGAAAAUUGUUAACUUUGAUUAGAAAAAUAUAUUAAUGUAAUGCAUUUUUUGAAAAGGAUAAGUUUGAAGAUAUUUAAAGGAUUUUGUAUUGUUAUUUUAACGAUAACCGUUUGAACGUAUGAAAGAAUGUUUGUUGCGACAACGACAAAUAGCAAAAGAGUUAAGUCUUAAUGUGUAAUGCAAUGUGCAAUUUUAUGAUAAAGUGUACAUUCAUUUUAUUUUAAUUUUUUUAAUUUUGAUAAGUACCAAACUUGAAGAUUUCUAUUUGAAAAUCAUCUUUUUUUAUGGAAUUUGUACUUAACGUUGUUUUUUUUUCGCAGAUUGUUUAACAUAUUGUUAUUAAUGAUUUUAUUUCUUUAAUUCCAAAAAAUGUAUUCAAAGAUAAAAUUAAAAUCUCCUAUUGGUUCUUUUUCAAAGUCUU